AUGCAACCAACACCAUUUGACCGCCCGUACAAGACAACACCGAGCAAAUCGCCUUUCACCCAGGACUUUGCAUUGCACAUAUACCUGUCGACUGCCAUCUAUGCGUCUGUUCCGCAGCGCAGGCAGAUCCGUGAGACACCGUCCCACCAAGAAUGCCCCUUCGCCAGCCACAGCGGUUUUCUUGUCGAAUUCAUCCCCGCAGCCAACACUGGAAGCGCUUCACCGCAGCUUGCAGCACAAGAGACGGACCCGUCUCUUUUCAACUACACUUCUGGAGGAUGGUUCUAUGACGAGCAUCGUCGUCUUGCAGAGCGAUAUUUGGAGUUCAACGUCACAGAGCUGAAGCGUGCUGUGGUCCAACCAAGCUAUUGA